GUGACCGAAUGACAAGUUGCCACGGCUAAUGGCUCCGGAAAGAUAAAGCAGCACUCCGAAGAUGGCCGGGGUGUUUGAGGUAGAGGUAGAUGGUGUAGAUCACGACCAUGGACUGAACCAUCACGAUGAACCCAUUCAAUUUGACGUGUCCAAGCUUUCGCCAGAAGAGAAGUGGAGGGUGGAGCAUGCUAAGAUGCAUGCCAAACAUAAAGGCCAUGAGGCCAUGCACGCUGAGAUGGUGCUGAUCCUCAUCGUCACCCUGGUCAUCGCCCAGCUUGUCCUCGUGCAGUGGAAGCAGAGACACUCUAAGUCUUACAAUCUGGUGACUCUGUUCCAGAUGUGGGUAGUUCCUCUCUACUUUACAACCAAACUUCACUGGUGGAGGUUCCUGACCACGUGGUUUAUCUUCUCUGUCAUCACAGCAUACAUUUCUUACCGUGCCACUCGCAAGCCUCUGGCCUGCACGACGCCAAGAUUGGUGUAUAAGUGGUUCCUCCUCCUCUACAAGAUCAGCUAUGCCACAGGAAUAGUUGGCUACACUGUUGUCAUGUUUACUCUUUUUGGUAUCAAUCUUAUAUUCAGGAUAAAGCCAGAAGAUUCAAUGGACUUCGGUGUGUCCCUCCUAUUUUACGGACUGUACUACGGUGUCCUAGGAAGGGACUUUGCAGAGAUGUGUGCUGACUUCAUGGCGUCAACAGUCGGGUAUUACAGUGCGUCUGGUAUGCCAACCAAGCACCUGUCUGAUAACAUCUGUGCCGUAUGUGGUCAGGCCAUCCUUGUUGAUGUCAGUGAGGAGGGCAUCAUUGAGAACACGUACAGGUUAUCCUGCAACCAUGUGUUUCAUGAAUUCUGUAUAAGAGGUUGGUGCAUCGUGGGAAAGAAGCAGAUGUGCCCGUACUGCAAAGAGAAGGUGGAUCUGAAGAGGAUGUUCAGCAACCCCUGGGAGAGGCCACAUGUCAUGUACGGACAACUCUUAGACUGGCUUCGCUACUUGGUGGCCUGGCAGCCUGUUAUUAUUGGCUUUGUGCAAGGCAUCAACUAUGUGCUCGGUCUGGAGUGAGCCACCAGUGUGGAAAACGGACAUACUCACCACACAGAGAAGAAAAUGCUCAAAUUUCAACUGAGCAGGAGCCUAACAAUGAACUGAAAUGUCAACAAAAAGAAGUGUCUGUACUUUUUGUAUAUAUUUGUAGACACAAAUUACCAGUACUAAUGUUUCAAUUGAUUAGUAAUACAAAUUUCCUGUCAAUUUCUCAGCAUUUUCUUCACAUCUUAAUUGGUUUGUGCAUCUAAUGGCCCAGUAAAGA